GAUGGCGUCCCACUUCAGUGGCAUUUUACAGCUGACCGAUUUGGAUGAUUUCAUAACCCCGUCUCAGGAAUGUGUGAAACCAGUUAAGGUUGAAAAGAAGCAGGGGAAAUCUGUGGCCAAAAUUCAAAUAGAAGAUGAUGGGAGUUACUUUCAGGUUAAUCAGGAUGGCAAGUUGCAGAAGCUGGAGAAAGCAAAGAUCACAUUGAACGACUGCCUGGCCUGUAGUGGUUGUAUCACCUCAGCUGAGAGUGUGCUGAUCACACAGCAGAGUCAUGAGGAGCUGUACAGGGUGCUGCAGCGCAACAAGCAGGGCAGCUCUGAACAGAUGGUGGUGGUGGUUUCAGUGUCCCCCCAGUCCAGGGCAUCCCUGGCAGCACGCUUCAACCUGAGCAGCACUGACGCAGGCAGGAGGCUGACCACCUUCUUCAGGAACCUGGGGGUGCACCAUGUGUUCGACACUGGCUUCAGUCGGACUUUCAGCUUGUUAGAAAGCCAGAGGGAAUUCAUCGAACGUUUUCAGCGCAGAGAGCAGGAUAAGAAGUCCCUGCCGAUGCUUGCCUCCGCGUGUCCAGGCUGGAUCUGCUAUGCAGAGAAGACUCAUGGGGAUUUCAUCAUCCCCUACAUCAGCACCACGCGCUCCCCUCAGCAGGUGAUGGGCUCCCUUGUGAAGAGCUUCUUUGCCGAGCAGCAGGGCCUGACCCCACAACAGAUCUACCAUGUGGCAGUGAUGCCUUGCUAUGACAAGAAGUUGGAGGCCUCCAGAUCAGACUUCUACCUCACAGAGUCUGAGACACGAGAGGUGGACUGUGUCAUUACCUCAGGAGAGGUCCUGAAGAUGCUGGAGCUGGAGGGCUUGCCUCUGAGUGAUGUGGAUCCAGGAUCCUUAGACACCAUGUUCAGCAGUGUGUGUGGGGACGAGCUGCUUCGCCAUGAGGGGAGUGGCUCUGGGGGAUACCUGCACCAUGUCUACACUCAUGCUGCCAAAGAACUCUUUGGAGUGGAGGUGAAGGACAUCACAUAUAAGACCCUUAAGAACAAAGACUUCCAAGAAGUGACCCUGGAGAAAGACGGAACUGUUCUGUUGCGCUUUGCUGCCACCUACGGCUUCCGCAACAUCCAGAACCUGGUGCAGAAAUUAAAGCGGGGGAGGUCGCCAUACCACUUUGUGGAAGUGAUGGCCUGUCCUUCAGGGUGUUUGAAUGGGGGAGGGCAGGUGAGGCCCUUACCUGACCAGUCCAACAAGGAGCUGCUGCAGCAGGUGGAGGACCUGUAUAGAGCAGAGCGCCCCGUGACACCUGAGGGGGAGGAGCGUGUGGCGGAGCUGUACCGCACCUGGCUGCAGAAUGUGGGGGAGGACAGGGCCCGGCGGCUGCUACACACGCAGUACCACGCAGUGGAGAAGGCCACCAAUGGCCUCACCAUCAAAUGGUGAGGUGUGAAGUCUAGCCUUAUUCCCCAGGGGAAAGGGUCAGUGGAGCUCUUGCACUAGAAGCCUGCACUACUGUCACAGAGCAGCACACUGUCCCUGUUCUGCGUGUGGCUGGCUCACUGUCAUACUUGAGGUCAGUGAAAGGUUGUAGAGUGGCACAGGCAACACCCAAGUUAAGAGACCCUCAGAACAUGUUCAGCCAAAACAACCAGACAUGCUUGUUGCUCAUGGGAAAAGGAUCUCCCAUGAUCUUUGUUGUGUAACUGCUUUUAUUUUUUUAAGCAAAAUUGCUUUAUUGGUCAACAUCUUGGAAUUGUCACUUAAGUAUUGCAUGGACGGAAUCCAUGUUAAGAACAGAAUAAUAUAAAAAAUGCAACUUAUUCUCCCAUGCACUGACAUUGCAAAAUGAAAUCUUAAUGCGAAUUAUGGAGGAACAUUGCAAACAUUUGUGUUGCUAAGAUACGCACAAUGGUAUUAUGUAUGUUUAUGUAAUCACUCUAUGAUU